UCCAGGUGGCCCCCUAGGCUCCCUCCGGCCCGGUGGGCGGAGGCAGCGGGGGAGCCAGGGGCGGAGAAAGGGUUGCCCGAAGUCUGGGAGGGAGAGAAGGAGGCAAGGGAGCGGGGAAGGCGGCCGCUGAGCAGAGCUGGCGAGGGGCCCCCGCCGUGCCAGGCGGGCAGUGCCAAAUCCGGGGAGCCCAGAGCUGGGGGGAGGGCCGGGGACAGCCCGGCCCUGCCCCCACCCCCUCGGGGUGCUCAGAAACUUCUGAGGAAAGUUUGGCAUCGAUUGCGCGGUGCCCCGAGGAUGGGCAGGGUUCUGCUGGCCUGGUGCUUGGUGCUGUGUUGCUGGGGGUGCGUGACCCCCGAGGGCACACAGGCGGAGGCGGACCCCUUUGUGGGGAGCCCGGGAAACAUCACCGGUGCCCGGGGACUUAUGGGGGCCCUUCGGUGUGAGCUCCAGGUUCAGGGGGAGCCCCCUGAGGUGACCUGGCUUCGCGAUGGACAGGUCCUAGAGCUGGCGGACAGCACUCAGACCCAGGUGCCCCUGGGCGAAGACGGGCAGGACGACUGGAAAGUGGUCAGCCAACUCAGACUCUCAUCCCUGCAGCUCUCGGAUGCAGGAUGGUACCAGUGUGCGGUGGUCCUGCGAGGAAAGACCUUCAUGUCCCAGCCUGGUUAUGUUGGGCUGGAGGGCCUGCCUUACUUCCUGGAGGAGCCUGAGGACAGGACCGUGACUGCCAACACCCCUUUCAACCUGAGCUGCCGGGCCCAGGGACCCCCAGAACCCGUGGACCUCCUCUGGCUCCAGGAUGCUGUCUCCCUGGCUCCAGCCACAGGCCAGGCCCCCCAGUACAUGCUGCGUAUUCCAGGCCUGAACAAGACGUCUUCCUUCUCCUGUGAAGCCCAUAAUGCCAAGGGGGUCACCACAUCCCGCACAGCCACCAUCAAAGUGCUCCCCCAGCGCCCCCGCGACCUCCACCUGGUUUCCAGCCAGCCCACAGAGCUGGAGGUGGCUUGGACGCCAGGCCUGAGUGGCAUCUACCCCCUCACCCACUGCACCGUGCAGGCUGUGCUGUCAGACGAUGGGGUGGGCAUCUGGCUGGGACAGCCAGACCCCCCAGAGGAGCCCCUCACCUUGCAAGCAUCUGUUCCCCCUCACCGACUUCGGCUGGGCAGCCUCCAUCCUCACACCCCUUAUCACAUCCGGGUGGCGUGUGCCAGUAGCCAGGGCCCCUCACCUUGGACCCACUGGCUUCCCGUGGAGACGUCAGAGGGAGUGCCCCUGGGCCCCCCCGAGAACGUUAGCGCCAUGCGGAAUGGGAGCCAAGCCCUCGUGCGUUGGCAGGAGCCGAGGGCGCCCCUGCAGGGCACCUUGUUAGGGUACCGGCUGGCCUACCGAGGCCAGGACACCCCCGAGGUGCUAAUGGACGUAGGGCUAAAGCGAGAGGUGACCCUGGAGCUGCGGGGGGAUGGGACUGUGCCCAACCUGACGGUGUGUGUGGCAGCCUACACCGCCGCUGGGGAUGGACCCUGGAGCCUCCCUGUGCUCCUGGAGCCCUGGCGCCCAGGGCAAGGACAGCCAAUCCACCAGCUGGUGAGUGAACCCCCAGCCCCUGCCUUCUCGUGGCCCUGGUGGUAUGUGCUGCUGGGAGCAGUUGUGGCCGCUGCCUGUGUCCUCAUCUUGGCCCUGUUCCUCGUCCACCGGCGGAAGAAGGAGACCCGCUAUGGAGAGGUGUUUGAACCAACAGUGGAGAGGGGUGAGCUGGUGGUCAGGUACCGCGUUCGCAAGUCCUACAGUCGCCGGACCACUGAAGCCACCUUGAACAGCCUGGGCAUCAGCGAAGAGCUGAAAGAGAAGCUGAGGGAUGUGAUGGUGGACCGGCAUAAGGUGGCCCUGGGGAAGACCCUGGGAGAAGGAGAAUUUGGAGCUGUGAUGGAGGGCCAGCUCAACCAAGACGACUCCGUCCUCAAGGUGGCUGUGAAGACAAUGAAGAUUGCCAUCUGCACGAGGUCGGAGUUGGAGGAUUUCCUGAGUGAAGCCGUCUGCAUGAAGGAAUUCGACCACCCCAACGUCAUGAGGCUCAUCGGCGUCUGUUUCCAGGGUUCCGAACGAGAGGGCUUCCCGGCACCUGUGGUCAUCUUACCCUUCAUGAAACAUGGAGACCUACACAGUUUCCUUCUCUAUUCCCGGCUCGGGGACCAGCCAGUGUUCCUGCCCACUCAGAUGCUGGUGAAGUUCAUGGCAGACAUUGCCAGUGGCAUGGAGUAUCUGAGUACCAAGAGAUUCAUACAUCGGGACCUGGCUGCCAGGAACUGCAUGCUGAACGAGAACAUGUCCGUUUGUGUGGCGGACUUUGGGCUCUCCAAGAAGAUUUACAACGGGGACUACUACCGCCAGGGACGCAUUGCCAAGAUGCCAGUCAAGUGGAUCGCCAUUGAGAGUUUGGCUGACCGCGUCUACACCAGCAAGAGUGAUGUGUGGUCCUUUGGGGUGACAAUGUGGGAGAUUGCCACACGGGGACAAACCCCAUAUCCAGGAGUGGAGAACAGCGAGAUUUAUGACUACCUGCGCCAGGGAAACCGCCUGAAGCAGCCUGUGGACUGUCUGGAUGGACUGUAUGUCCUGAUGUCCCGGUGCUGGGAGCUAAACCCCCGGGACCGGCCGAGUUUUGCAGAGCUGCGGGAAGAGCUGGAGAACACGCUGAAGGCCCUGCCCCCUGCCCAGGAGCCGGACGAAAUCCUCUAUGUCAACAUGGAUGAGGGUGUGGGUCAUCCUGAACCACUUGGAGCAGCUGGAGGAGCUGACCCCCCAACCCAGCCUGACCCUAAGGAUUCCUGCAGCUGCCUCACCGCGGCUGAGGUCCAUCCUGCUGGACGCUAUGUCCUCUGCCCUUCUACAGCCUCUGGCCCCACCCUGCCUACUGAUAGGGGCUCCCCAGCAUCCCCGGGGCAGGAGGAUGGAGCCUGAGACAACCCUCUACCUGGGACUCCCUCUCAGGACCCAAGCUAGGCACUGCCACUGGGGGACCCCCCUCCACUUUCCCGCUCCAGGCCUUACCCUCAACUGCAGCUCUCUCUUCCUACCUAUUCCACUUCCAUCCCAGAUAGAUCCUCCCCCUUUUCCAUGCCUUUGUGUCCCCAUGUGUAAAAGGAAGGGGUUGGACUGCAACCCCUAAGGGUCCUCCUAGGUCUAACAUUCCAAGAUUCUAGAUUCUAAGGUUUAAAGAGUCUAGACUCAAAGGUUCUAGGUUUCAAAGAUGCUAUAAGUCUUUGGUUCUAAGGACCUGAAAUUCCAAAGUCUCUAAUUCUAAAGUGCUAAGGUUCUAGACAUAGAAGUCCUAAGGCCUAUAUUCUAAGGCUCUGAGAUUCUAUGGCUCUAGAUUUUUCUGGUUCAAAGAUUCUUGAUAAAGCCCACAAGAUUUUAGGUUCUAAAGCUCUAAGAUUCUAAUUCUAGGAUCUAAGACUCUAAGAUUCUAGAUUUUAUUUUUCUAGGGUUCUGAAUCCUUAGGGUGUAAGAUUCUAGAUUCUACAAUUCUAAAAAUUCUACAAUUCUAGACAUGGAGGUUCUAAGGCCUAAUGUUCUAAAAUUUGAUAUUCUAAGCCUCUUAGAGUGUAAAUCUUCUGGCUGUAAGACUAGAUCAUAAGCCUUCAAGAUUUUAUCUUCUCAAGUUCUAAGAUUCUAAUGAUGGCCAACUAUAGGUCUAAGGCAUUAUGAUCCUUGAAACUCUUGUUAGGAGAUUCUGGAUCCUAAAGGUCUAAGAUUCUAGAAUCUGCAAUUCAAAAGUUCUAAGAGUCUAAAGAUGGAGUUUCUAAGGUCUCAUGUUCUAAGAUGUGAUGUUCUAAGACUUAGCCUAAGAACCUAGAUUCUCUGUGUCUGAGAUUCUAGAUCAUAUGCUUCAAGAUUCUAGAUUAUUAAACUCUAAGAUUCUAAUGUUGGUCUGUUCUAUGUUCCAAGACACUUUAGACUCUAUUGGUCCAAGAUUCUGGAUCUUCAGCAUCUGAGGUAUAAGUCUCUGCAGUUAAUUGUGACUAACUAGAUACCAAAGUUCUUACCAUUUCUUUCUUUCUUUUUUUUUUUGAGGAAGAUCAGCCCUGAGCUAACAUCCAUGCUAAUCCUCCUCUUUUUGCUGAGGAAGACCAGCUCUGAGCUAACAUCUAUUGCCAAUCCUCCUCCUUUUUUCUCCCCAAAGCCCCAGUAGGUAGUUGUAUGUCAUAGUUGCACAUCCUUCUAGUUGCUGUGUGUGGGACGUGGCCUCAGCAUGGCCGGAGAAGCAGUGCGUCCGUGCGUGCCCGGGAUCCAAACCCGGGCCACCAGUAGCGGAGCGUGCGCACUUAACCGCUAAGCCACGGGGCCAGCCCUCUUAUCAUUUCUAAUGCUGGACAUCUUUAGGUUCUAUGCUGCAUUCUGCCUUUCUAGGAUUUUAGUUAUGGGUCUAAGAUCCACAGUUCUAAAUCUUAAGAUUCUAGACACUGUAGUGUUAAGAUUCAAAUGUUGUAAGAUUCUACAGGUCUACAGGCAUAGAAUUCCAAGGGACGAUUCCAAGGUUCUAGCCUUAUAUUCUUCUGUGUGACCUUCCCCUUCUUAGCCACCUCUGCUUCCUCCUCCCUUCAUGUGGGGGUGUGCCCCCUCAAGCCUGUGCAAUGCAUUAGGAAUGUCUCCUUUCCCCAGGGGACAAUCUUCCUCCUCUUGGGCCAUGCUGCCCCCCUGAGCCAGUCUCUCAUGCCCCUGUACUGAGUGUGGACGCUGGCGCCUCCAGAGGGGCCCAGAUCACAUAAAACUUUGUAACCACACUUCCGUCUCCUCUCGUCUCCACUCAGCUGUCAUGUGGCCUCCCUCCCUGGCAACUCAGUUUCCCCUUCAGUAAAAAGAAGAGUUUGGUGGGGUCUAGGAGUUCUCCCCUCACUAAAGAGGGUAGAGAUGAACAUACACAUAGACAAAAAGACACGCAAGCAAAGAAAUGCAGACUCUCUGAAACCCCUGGCAAGGAAUAGGCACAGAGAUACUCACGAGGUCACACAGAGACACUCCUCCCCACAAAGUAACAGAUACAUGAAUUAGUGGACAUACUCAGGCACACCUGGUCACAAAUACAAAGACACUGAAAUUCAGACACAUGAGUAACAGAGACACACAAAAUUACACAGAUACAAACAUAUUUAUAAACAUAUGCACAGGCAGAUACUCCCCAGGAAUAGGGAGAAACUAGAGUAACACAGAUACAGACACACAAAGAGUAAAGUGACACAAAUACUCAGAGACAUAUAAAGUACAACAGGUACUCACAGACCCAAACGUUCAGAUUCACAUAGAAACACAGGCACAGAACACCUCCGAUAAUCACCAGCCCAUAAAGGGACUCCUGCCAAGACAAGUCCCCUGUGUUUUGCACGCAUCG